GUGAUUACCAUUUACUAAAAUGUAUAAACAAUCAACUUCAGAAUAAAAAUGCCACAUGUGUCACAAAUUGACAUUUUGGAAAUAUUAAAUGGUAUUUCAGACCAGCAGGCAUUUGAUUCAGACUUUGGAGGCGACAGUGAUGCCGAAGAUGUUCGUUGUGUUUCAAGUGCAAGUAAUACACCAACUAGUACAACCAGAGGUAGUAAAAGAAAAAAUGCAUUUAAUUGUGGUCCUUCUACAAACCCUCUUUCAUCUUCCUCGUGUAAUAUUAAUUCACAUGAUGACUCUAAUUUAUCAACCAUUUCUUCAGAAGUGCCUAAAUUAUCAAGACUUAGAUCCAGGAAAUUAAAAUCUGCAAUUAAUAGCAAUGUUCUACAAAGCUCACCUGGCUCUAAAUUUGAUGACAGUGAUUUUGAUCCUUCAUAUGAACCGAUUCCACAUAUAGAUACAACUGAUAAUAUAUUAGCAGAAAAUAGUGACAAUGAGAAUAAUAUGUUAAAUAUAUCUGAACCAUUAAAUAUAGAAAAUAUGGACCUCUUAGUUGAUUUUAUUGAAAAUUUAGAUGAUGAUUCUAAUUAUAUAGAAGAUAAUAAUGAAAAUAACAUAUUAUUUAGUUUUUCAAAAGACCAACCUCUUACAUCAUUAUCUUAUGACUCUUUUGAUUUUAAUGAAUUUUAUGGUCCUAAUGUGUUAGUAGACAUUAAAUCACCCAUGCAAAACUUCGAUAUAUAUUUUUCUGAUUUUUAUCAAUAUAUUGUUGACCAAUCUAACUUGUACUCAAACCAAUGUGGCAAAAAUUUAAAUUUGUCUAUUAUUGAAUUUAAAGCUUUUUUGGGUAUUCUUAUAAUAAUGGGGUUUCAUAAAUUACCAAGUUUACGCCUUUAUUGGAGUGCAAAUGAAAAUUUUUAUAAUCACCGAAUAUCAAACAUUAUGACCCAAAAAAAGAUUUUUAAAUAUAUUACGCUAUUUACACUUAAACGAUAAUAGUAAAAUGCCUAGAAGGAAAAGUUCUACAUUUGAUAAAUUGUACAAAAUUCGUCCAAUGAUAGACUAUUUAAAUAAUGUUUAUUGUACAAGUUUUUCUCCUGAUAGGAAUUUAAGUUGUGAUGAGAGUAUGGUUGGAUUUAAAGGGCGGUCUGGAAUUAAGCAAUAUAUGCCAAUGAAACUCCAUCGGAACUUCAGUGAUGUUACUAAAUUUUGUUUUUUAAAGAAAAACCC